AAGAGGGAGGUAAGGAGUAUGCAUUUUUUAUUCUAACUAAGUGCUACUCCGUACUUAUAUAUUCCCAGCCGGUUGCCGGGAACUCAAGAAUGAAUCUAAGCUACCAUUGAUCGAAGAUGGUUGCUGGAAUGGAGGAGUUGUGGGGCAAGAUGGGUUCGGGGAUGGUGACAUUGCUGGUGCUCUGGGCAACCUUCGACCGGUACUUCCCCUACGAACUCCGCGAUUGGUUAAAGAAAUACGUCAGGAAAUGGCGCAGCGCCGUCGACCCCUACGUCCACAUCACCUUCCCCGAGUAUCCCGGCGCCGGAUUCCACCGGAGCAGGGCGUACCAGUCCAUCGAGCGCUACCUCUCCGCCAAUUCCUCCGCCCAGGCCAAGCGCCUCAAGGCCGACGACGACGCCGUGGACUCCCCCGCCCCCGUUCUCGGCUUGGACUAUCACGAGGAGGUCACCGACACGUUCUCCGGUAACACCGCGGCAGCAGCGGACGAGGAGGAGGAGCGGAGAUUCAAAGUCUGGUGGACGUCCUGCCGCGACGAGCCGAAGCGGCAGAACGCCGCCUCUUUCUACGGAGGCGGCGGCGGGGAAGCCGACGGGAGACGGUACUUCACCCUCAAGUUCCACGAGAGGUACCGGGACGUCGUCACGGGAGCGUACCUGAGGCACGUGUUGGACACGGGGAAGGCGAUCAACGUGAGGGACCGGACGAGGAAGCUGUACACCAACUGGCAGAUCAACGGGCGGAGCUCGUGGAUCCAGGUCGCGUUCCAGCACCCCGCGACGUUCGAGACCCUGGCGAUGGACCCGAGAAAGAAGCGGGAGAUCGUUGAAGACCUCGCGACGUUCAAGGACUCGAAGGAGUACUACGCCCGGACCGGGAGGGCCUGGAAGCGCGGGUACCUCCUCUACGGCCCUCCCGGGACGGGGAAGUCCUCGAUGGUGGCCGCGAUGGCCAACCUCCUCGAGUACGACGUGUACGAUCUGGAGCUGACCGCGGUCAACGACAACACCGCGCUCAGGAAGCUCCUGAUCGACACGUCGGGCAGGUCGGUCAUCGUGAUCGAGGACAUCGACUGCUCCCUCGACCUGACCGGGCAGCGGAAAGGGAGGAACAACCAACAAGUCCAAGAAGAAGAUGAUGAUGAUGAAGAGGAAAAGAUGAAGAUGAAGAAGAAGAAGAGUGAAGUGUCCCUCUCGGGUCUGCUAAACUUUAUAGACGGCCUGUGGUCGGCAAUUGGUGGGGAGAGGCUCAUAGUGUUCACCACGAACUUCAAGGAGAAGCUGGACCCGGCCCUGAUCCGGAGCGGGAGGAUGGACAAGCACAUCGAGCUUUCCUACUGCGGGUUCGAGGCCUUUAAGGUCCUGGCGAGGAACUACCUGGGCGUGGAACACCACCCGCUCUUUCCGGUGAUCGGCCGGCUUUUGGCGGAGGCGAACAUGACGCCUUCCGAUGUCGCCGAGAAUCUGAUGCCCAAAUCUCCGCGGGAGGACGGCGGCGCUUGCCUCCAAAGACUGGUUGCGGCUCUGGAGGGUGGCGAUGCAAGACUGAAGGCAGACGAGAUCGCAGUGGUGUCCGAAUCAAACACGCCGUGCUUUGAUUUACAAAAAUAAGAGUUCCAUUAUCAGCGAUCCGCGACGGCAUGUUAUUAAGGAUACACAUUGGCAUUGUAAUGACAAGGUGAUGACAAUGCAAUAUACGAGUGUGAUCAGUCAAUUAUCAGCGAUCUACGACGGCACUCUGGUGGCAGGUGGCAUUGGAGGGGAGUGUGCCGGGGUAGUGCGGCAGUUACAAUGUGAGAAUUUGGUGAGUGCUAAGUGUAAUAAAGACAUUGUGAACUC